AUGGGGCUGGCCUGCUCCUCUGUCUUUAAGACUUCCUCCUUGAAGAAUGCCCAGCUUUCCUGGACUCCUUUGCCCUUCAGCACUGCCCCCCAAGGGACUCUGUCAACUGAGGCCAAAGUCUGCCGUCCGGAAGUCCAAGUGCUACGGCUCUUGAAGGAUGGUGCCGACCCUCACACGCUUGUUUCCUCAGGAGGCUCCUUGCUCCAUCUGUGUGCCCGCUACGAUAACGCAUUUGCUGCGGAAAUUCUAAUUGACAGAGGAGUAAAUGUAAAUCAUCAAGAUGAGGAUUUUUGGACAUCAAUGCAUGUAGCCUGUGCAUGUGAUAAUCCUGAUAUUGUCCUGCUACUACUACUAGCGGGAGCAAGCGUGCUGCUGCAAGAUGUUAAUGGAAACAUUGCACUUGAUUAUGCCAUCGAAGGGACUGAAACUAGCAGCAUCCUUCUGAUGUACUUGGAAGAAAAUGGCGUAGAGCUGAAUUCGCUGCGCCAAAUGAAGACACAGAGACCCACGGCAAUGCUUACAGAUGUCCGACAGCUCAUAUCAAGUGGAGGAAGCGUGAAUCAAAAGAAUGAUGAAGGAGUUACCCUGCUGCAUGUGGCCUGCGCUAAUGGAUACAAGAAUGUUGUAUCUCUGAUACUGGAUCAUGGGGCUGAUCUCAAUGUAGUGGAUAAUCAGUACUGGACACCCCUACAUUUAGCUGCCAAGUAUGGACAGACCAACCUUGUGAAGCUGCUUUUGAUGCACUGGGCAAAUCCCAAUCUUCUUAACUGCAAUAAUGAAAAGCCUUCAGCAGUGGAAAUCAAUGUUAGCUAUGGGUCCUCCUUCACUUCAUUUGAGUUAACUGUGUGUAUAAUCCUGGCUUUAUUGGAAUUAAUGAUGAAACACAACAAUCCCCUGGCUUUACCGAUGGCCAAGCAGGACAGUUUGCUGGAGAAAGACACCAUGUUUAAAGACGCAGCUAAAGGCUUAUGCAAGCAGCAAUCUCAAGACAGUGCGUCUGAAAAUGUCACUGUGAGCACUACGGCCAAACUGGAACAGAUCAAGCUAAUGCCUCCAGCUCCAAAUGACGACCUGGCUUCUCUGAGUGAGCUCACAGACAGCAGCCUGCUUUAUGAGAUUCAGAAGCGUUUCAAUAAUAAUCAGAUAUAUACCUACAUUGGUGAUAAACUGCUGCUUGUUAACCCAUUUAAAGAGCUUCCUAUUUAUUCUACCAUGGUCACCCAGCUUUAUUUAAGUAACUCUGGAAAACUGUGUUCCUCACUUCCCCCACAUAUAUUUUCCUGUGCUGAAAGAGCUUACCACGUGCUAUUCCAGGAGCAGCGUCCCCAGUGCUUUAUCCUCAGACACUGUAGGUAUGGAAUUGUCCCAUCUCUCUGUGGCAUGCACCGCUUGGUGUGUGUCAGGUCACCUUAAGACUGCUUAGUCGAAGGCAAGCUUUAAGACCAAGAGCAAGUCAAAGAGAAGUUUCCAACAACUGGUUAAAAUAUAAGAAAAAAAUUCAAAAUGGAGUUCAAUAAAAUGAUCUAUCAAAUGUGAAAUGUUCUUCCCUAGCAGCAAGAUUCUUUUGUAAGGUGUUGUUCACGUGAGAAACAGAUUUAGCGAAUCUUGAAAUUUCCUCUUGGGGCUGCUUUGGAGAGUUGCCCAAAAAACCAACGACACUGACUCACAAACAGCAAAUACCCACCUCCAAGGUAUUUCCUUACAGAUCUGGAAGAAUACUGCUGUCCCAGUAUGAAUCCUGGAGUUAACUUAGGUCCAGACCAGUCCUUUGCAGGGAAAAUGAAGUGUUGAAAAUAUCUUUUUGAAGUUUAUCCUUUAAUCUAAGGAAAUCCAUUGUUUUGCAACUUAAAUUAGAAGGUAUAGGGCGCUAAGGAAUUUACUGCUCAGUUUAGUGGUAGAAUUCCUCUGCUCCUGUUACAUGACCCAGUGAAAGUGGGGAUCUGGCAUUGCCAAACUUGCUUCGCGGUACAUGAGUUUGAUUUCUGUCUCUCAUUGUUUGGGCCUCUCUGACACAUCAAAUCCCUGCUUUGCUGGCUCCCUUUGCUUCAUGCAGGCUCAUGCCUCUCCCCAGGCAGCAAAGCAGACAACGUGAAAAAAAUAAUCCUCUUUCAGUCUUGUAAAACGAAUCACCCAUUACAUAAAAUACUACCCAUAAAUAUCAGUGGCAGAAUAUUCCAGGACUGUACAACUGCAAGUAGAGCGUUCGCUUUGCAGAGGCUGGGCAUGCCGUAUGAACGUACAGGAGAUAGAACAGGCAGUGGAACGCUGAAGCACCUUCUGCAAUGACAAAGGAGCAGACGGUGCCCUGUAAUGUGUUAGGUCAGCUACCCAAAGCUCCACUUACACUUCUGUCACUCGUACAUUCUUUACAAAUUGCAGGUAGUUAAGAAUAUUUCCUGUAAAAGUACUUAAUUACUCCUAAAUUAUAAAUGAAACAAGUUUCUAAUUUUCUGCCUUGACCUCUGCAUUGCGUUAAAAACCUUACACCUACAGAACGCAGAUUUAACACAGAUUUGAGAUAGGGUCUUUAGUGUAACAUCAUUACAUGCUGUUCAUGGAAGGGAACCCUCUGCAAACCCAGUGGCAACCCUUCUGUGCCUGAACUUUGUGCUUCCAUGGUAGAAACACAGACAUCAUCAUGUUUUAAAGAAGCUUUCGAAUUGCACUUUAGACUCUUACAAUUCCAGCAAUGUUAAAGCACUUUAUUUUGCAGAAAAUUCAGGAAGACCCAUUUAAACUCUGUGAAGAUGGUUUUCAUCUUCAAAUGUAAUAAACAACUUACUACUAUUUCACUUUCAUGUUGCCUGUUUCAGUUUUCUUUGUGACUGUGGUCUUUGUCUGCUACUGUCUGUUCCCCUAAACACCAUAUUAAGUCUUUGCUACUGAAUCGGUUAAAAAACAACCA